AGGUCAGUCCAACGAAAGCCACCCCUAGUUCAAGAUGAAGUUCCUGCCUCUGUUCGCCUUUUUCCUAAUCCUCGGCUACUCCUCCUUCUGCAGCGGAGCUGCUGUGGCCAAGCCCACUGGUCAACCCGGUUGCCAAACGGCCGAGGAGCUGGAGGUGGCAUUCUAUGCCCACUUCUACCUGAAGAGCUCCUACUGGGUGUGCUCCACCCAGGGCGUUCCCGCCACCCUCGCCCAGUGCCCCAUUGCCUCCGCCUGGUUGGACUCCGCCAAGGCCUGUGUUCCCUGGCCCCAGUGGGUGUGGUCGCCCACUGUCCAGCCGCCCAGCCAACCCGAAGUUGCUGCAUAGAAUUGGAGAUUUGACAUAACAAAAUAAAACAAAUAUGCAGUAAUAUUAACUAUUUUCUUUUAAUAUUUCCUUGUCAUGCAUUCAAAAAUCAAAGAAAUGAAGGAGAAAUGAAGUAAGCUAGCAAUCUCUAGUAAAAGUAAAUAUUUAGUAAAUAUCUUUGAUAAAUAACUUAGUAACUGAGCGCAUGUGAGAUAAGCACAAAGACUUUGCACAAAUAAAUAUUUUUGCUGUAACGUCAGGGCACGAUUAAUCAGUCAGAUAAAUAAUGG